AAAGUGUGCAUCUGAUGAUGCUGUGUUGUAGAUAUGGCCCCGUACUAUGAAACCCUGUGUAAGGAGCUGAAGUGGCAGGCGGACACUGAUCUGUUGAGUAAGAUGAAGAAGGCUAACGAGGACGAACUGAAGCGUCUGGAUGAUGUUUUGGAGGAUGCAGAGAAGAACCUUGGAGAGAGUGAGAUCAGAGAUGCCAUGAUGGCCAAAGCUGAAUAUCUCAUACGCAUCGGUGACAAGGAAGGAGCCCUGACUGCCUUCAGGAAGACCUACGACAAGACUGUUGCUCUCGGCCAUCGCUUAGAUAUUGUUUUCUACUUGCUGAGGAUCGGCCUGUUUUACAUGGACAACGACCUCAUCACCCGUAACACUGAAAAAGCCAAAAGUUUGAUUGAAGAAGGCGGUGACUGGGACCGGAGGAAUCGUCUGAAAGUUUAUCAGGGCCUCUACUGUGUGGCCAUUCGGGAUUUUAAGCAGGCAGCAGAGCUCUUUCUGGACACUGUGUCCACAUUCACCUCCUAUGAGCUCAUGGACUACAAGACGUUUGUCACAUACAGUUAUGUGUGUAUGAUCGCCCUGAAGAGGCCUGACCUCAGAGAGAAAGUGAUCAAAGGUGCCGAGAUCUUGGAGGUGUUGCACAGUUUUUACCUGCGGUGCGUCAGUAUCUCUUCUCUCCUCUACGAGUGCCGUUACUCAGUAUUCUUCCAGUCACUGGCUCGAGUGGAGCAGGAGAUGAAGCAUGACUGGUUGUUUGCCUCCACAUAUCGUUACUAUGUUCGGGAGCUGCGGAUCCUGGCCUACAGUCAGCUGCUGGAUCCUACCGCCUCGCUCACGCUGGGAUACAUGGCCGAGGCCUUUGGAGUCAGCACAGAGUUCAUUGAUCAGGAGCUGUCGCUUAUCGCAGCAGGGCGGUUACAUUGCAAGAUCGACAAAGUCAAUGAGAUUGUGGAAACUAACAGACCUGACAGUAAAAACUGGCAGUACCGAACCAUAAAGAAGGGAGAUCUGCUGCUGAACAGAGUGCAGAAGCUGUCCAGAGUGAUCAACAUGUAGUCCAGUAUGAGGCGUUUGACCAACAUCCACGUCUUUUCUUGUGAGCAACUUGACUUUUGUUUAUGUACAGUAUAUAAUAAAAGUGAAUUGGAGGAAAA